AUGGGUUCCAGUACGAGGAAGAAGAAUCAAAAGGCCAAGGACUUUGCGAAACCAAAGCUCAAGGUCGGAAAGGCCAAGGCCAAGCCUGCCAACUUUACAGACACCAGCUUCAAGGCCAAGUCCAUUGUCAUGGGCGUGCAGUCCCUCGCAGAAGAAGCCCCUGACGUCGCAACACAAUUCAAGCACCACCUCUCCCUCGCCUCCACGUCGAGAUCAGAAAAACAGCGCAAAGAAGCCCUGGCCCACCUCACCUCCCAGCUCGCCGCCGACAACAACCCCGUCGGCACCGCGACGAUCCUCGGCAAACUCCUCCCCCUCAUCUCCGACGCCAACGGGCCCGUCCGCGGCCAGCUCCUCAAGCUCUUCCGCACCCUCCCGGAAACCGAAGUACGGCACCACGCCGAGCGGUGCAUCAUGUACAUCCGCGCCGGCAUGACGCACCUCUCCUCCGAGAUCAGCAACGACUCGCUCUCCGUGCUCGAGUGGCUCCUCGACGUCGCCGAGGACGAGACCGUCGGCUGCCCCGGCGGCUGGGUCAAGACGCUGAACAGCUUCUGCGCGCUGAUGGGGUGGUCCGUCAAGUCGAGCACGGGAUGGACCAGCGCGCCCAAGACGGGGCUGAGGCCCAAGGACGCGCAGGCGCACGCGAGGCAGGUCGGCGUGCUGGCGCGGUUCCUGAAGGCCGGGCUGAAGCCGGAGGUGGCGGCGCCGAGCAACCCGAACGCCGGCUACGACAACAUGUAUCGCAUCCCGCGAGCGCCGAACCCGUUUGCGUAUCUCAACCUGUUCGGGACGAGGCGGGACGAGGACGCGGAGAUGUACAACGACCGCGAGUCCCGGCAGCGCGUUUUCCACAAGAGGUUUUUGGAGUCGUUCAACCGGGGCAUCGAGCAGGCGAAGAAGGAGGGCGGCGCUACUGGACGGUCUGCGGUCGCGCUGGAACAGGCUUUGAAGGAGGGGAUGGAUGGGUACGAGCCGACUUCUGCUGUUGAUUCUCAGGACCUCCUCGACCUGUGGUGA